GUUUUUCAUUAUAGAUAGUAUCCAGCUUAACAAUGGUUCAACCUAAGAUUUUUCAACUCUACAAUGAGUUUUUUGGGAUAUACUUCCAUAAUAAGUCAAGGAAAAUCUGUGUAUCCCAGUGAAGAUGUAUGCAAUACUAUAUUCAAAAGUUACUUGGAUUCUUUUUCUUUCUAACUGCCCUUCUUAAACAAGGUUUCAUCAGCUGUGGUUCCCAACGAGUUUAUGGCAUUGUACAUGAGAAGGUAACUUUCAGCAUAGCAAGCAAUGUGCCUUUAAACGAGAUCCUGUGGAAAAAACAGAAGGAUAAAGUUGCAGAAUGGGAAAAUUCUGAAUUAAGAGCUUUCUCACCUUUCACGAAUAGGAUUUCUUUAGACCCUGUGUCAGGUGACCUCACUAUCUUCAACUUAACAUCGUCAGAUGAAGACAAGUAUGAAAUGGAAUCGCCAAAUAUUACCGGCACCAAGACAUUCUCUCUUUAUGUGCUCGAGCAUCUUCCAUCUCCUAGACCAACUUGUGCAUUCACUAAUGGAAGCAUUGAAGUCCUUUGCAAGAUAUCGGAGCAUUAUAACAGCCAUCUAGAACUUAUAGAGUACUCAUGGGAUUGUCCUAUGGAGCAAUGCAAACAUAACUCAACCAAAAUAUAUUUUAAGCUGGAAGAUGAUAUUCCACAGACAAUACAGUGUACUGCUAGCAAUCCAUUAGUUAAUAAAACAUCAUCAAUCAUUUUGGAAACCUGUGUCCCAAGCAGGGGUCAUCCAAGGAACAGAUAUAUACUUAUAGCAGCACUAGCAGGAGUAAUUAUAGUUAUAAUAUGUAUUGUGCUAUAUGUGUUCGGUAUUCUGAAAUGUAACAGAAAGACAGACAGAAACAACUCCAGUUGAUUGGUAACAGAAGAUGAAGGCAAUGGCAUAAUAACUAAAUUAUUUUAAAAGCUAAAAGCCAUCGGAUUUUUUGAGUAUUACAACUCUUGAAGCAGCUGUUUUUUAAGAAGAAAUACCCACUAACAAAGAAGAAGCAUUAGUGUGACUCUUAUCAGUGUAUUAUAUGACUUGGUGCUUGCUUUUUUAUCAAAAGAUGGUUUUUACCGGUAACAUAAAAACUUUUGUAAAUAAAUGUAAAUAUGUACACAAGU